AUGGCUGGAGAGGCGCAGGGGAUCAAAGAGUCGACUUAUUCCAACUGGUACAUAAGGGGGAUCGGCGGAAUGAUCCCAGUUGAUCAGUUCAAAUUGCAGUUCUUGGAGGACUUCGCAUGUGGAACCUUCUCGGGAGUGGUGGGCUGCCUCUCCAGCUACUACUUCGACACCAUCAAGGUGCACAUGCAGGUGGAGCCGCAGUUCGGCAUGACGCGCAUCAUCGCCAACAUCGUGCGCAGCGAAGGAGUGAUGAAGCUCUUCAGCGGAAUCUACUACCCCCUCAUCACCGCCCCCCUCGUCAGCGCCGUCAGCUUCAGCUCCUACGAACUCUACAAGACCAUCAGGAACAAGACAGAACUCGGCUACCUGGAGGGCUUCGAAAACGGGCUCUUCGCCGGACUCAUCAUCACCUUCAUCGUCUCGCCCGUGGAACUCGUCAAGUGCAGGAUGCAGAUGAGCUCUCACAACGAGUUCAAGAACUCCAGAGAGUGCCUGCGCAGAAUCUACCGGGAGGAGGAUUAA